AUGACCGUGUUUCCAAAAAAGAAGCAAGUGCAAAUAAUGGAGGCAUGGGAGGCUCUUAUUUACAGUUAUGAUGAGGCUCAGUACUACAUGAAGUUGGCUAUCUUUGAAGGAAUUUGUAGUAGCUGUUCUAUUUUUUAUGAUUAUGUACACGAGCAGUGGUUAAUUCCUCACAAGGAAAGGUUUGUUGAGGCGUGGACAAAUAGAGUUAUGCACUUUGGGAACACCACAACACAAAGGGUUGAGUCGGCACAUUGGAGUUUGAAAAGGAUAUUACAAGAUAGUAUUGGUGAUAUAUGCAGUGUUUGGGAAACCAUCAAUAGCAUGAUUGUAUUACAACACAAUGAGAUAAUAGCAUCAUUUGAAAAGAGCAUCAUUCAAAAGGUGCAUCGCUAUAGUAACAGAUUAUACGCGAAUUUGCGUGGUGUUCUGUCAAAAAAUGCAAUUGAUCACAUUGCGGCAGAGUAUGAUCGCGUGAAGUAUGUAAGUAUUGAUCAGACUGAGUGUCGUUGCACAAUUAGGACAACACAUGGUCUACCUUGUGCAUGUGAAAUAGCCAGGUAUAGUAUGAUCCCACGUUCCAUUCCAUUAGACGCUAUUCAUGGUUGGUGGAGUAAAUUAACUUUCCAUGUUGAUGCAUCGAGUCAACCUUCAGAGUUAUCUGUGAAACAUGAAAUAGAUGUCAUAGUGAAAAAGUUUGAAGAACUUGAUGUACCUGGCAAAAUUUCACUUAAAGGUAAAUUACGAGAGAUCGCGUAUCCAUCGACUACGUCGAUGUUUCCACCAGUUGCCAAGGUUAAAACAAAAGGUGCACCAAAAAAAGACAAAAGUAAGGUAUCAAAAAGAGAUAAAUCAACCAAGCGUGAUCCAUCUUGGUGA